AUGGACGCCGUGAAGCACGGUUGUACUCGAGAGACCUUGAGCAAAGAAGGAAGCGACGUUGGACCGGGUAACCGGAUAGGUCAGGACGUCAAGGAUGAUGCCACCUCAAAGCAGCGGUUCUACAAGUGCACUUUCUGCAAGCGAGGGUUCACCAACGCACAAGCCCUAGGCGGCCACAUGAACAUACACCGGAAGGAUCGCAUGAAGCCAAGCCACAAGAUCAAAGCGCAACCGUCCUUCCGUGAUGGCGCAACAACUGCUUGUGACCAAACAGUGUGUAUGAACCACCAACAUGGUGCACAACCCAAUUAUUAUUAUUCAAUCAGGAAGUCACAGAGAAAUUAUCAAAAGGGUCUACUUGCUUCGCCAGCGACCCUGCUCAAGCACAAGGUGAAUUAUCUUCAAAGCUUUGACUUCGAAAUCCCGAGCUUGGCAGGCUUGAGUAGAGAGGGUGGAUGUUCGGGAGUGGACUUGAGCUUAAGUAUUGAUCAAUCGAGCGUGGAGAUCGGCCAGGUAAUGAGGAGCGAUGAGGACAGCGAAGAAGUUGAUUUGGAGCUUCGACUUGGUCGGUCUUGCUAUUGA